AUGCGUUUCCACUGCAUGCCCCUGCUCUACGUCCUCUCCUUCUUCCUCCUCGUCUCGGCCCUCUUCUCCGUCCUACUUUCGCUAGCGCCGUGCUUCGUCAAGUCCAAGAACCACUGCUACCGCGGCUAUGAAUCCCACUACUCAUUCGACGUCGACAAAGCAGACCACGCUGAGUGGAUGAAGGCCAUCCCGGACGAGGCCAACCUCACGUCACUGUCCAUCCCAGGGACCCACGACACCCUCACCUACGACCUCACCAACCAGGUCUUCCAAUGCCAGAACCACAACCUCUCGGCCCAGCUGCACGCUGGCAUGCGGUACUUUGACAUCCGGGGCCGUCUUGUCAAUGACUCCAUAGAGAUCUACCACGCCUCCAUGUACACGGGCCACUCAUACACUGAGGUCCUCGUCACCCUCUUUGACUUCCUCGACGACCACCCUAGCGAGACCAUCGUCAUGCGCCUCAAAGAGGAGGGCAGGCCCCUCGGCAAAAACAGCAUGACCUUUGAGGACGCCUUCAACUACUAUCUACACAACUCCACCGUCACCUCCGCCGGCGCAAAGUCCCACUUCCGCAAGCACAACCCGCGCAAGCCCUACCCGACUCUCGGCGCCCUCCGCGGCAAGAUCUUCCUCCUCCAAAACUUCCCCUCAAAGGGCCCCGAGUCGCCCUACGGCGUCAUCUGGGAGUCGGCCGACAUGGUCCUGGAGGACCUCUGGAUCAUCCCCAGCGUGGAGCACCUCUACAUGAAAUGGGAGGCCGUCGAGAACGCCCUCCGCCGCGCCGCCACCGCCAAGCCGCACGCCAACCGCGUGCUCUACCUCGCGCACCUGAGCGCCAGCGUCGGCGUGCUGCCCAUUGAGGCGGCGGCGGGGAACCUCAACCGGACGGUGGCCGGGAUCAACGACCGCACCGGCGACUGGCUCGCCGCGACGGCGGACCGGGGGGACAGCGGGAAGACGGGCAUCGUCAUUAUCGAUUUCCCGGGGAAGGAACUGGUGGAUCAGGUGCUGGCACGGAAUAGACCGCUAACGGACCGGAAUGCCGAGCUGUGA